AAAGAAUAACAGUAGUGGGGUACGUGUUUCUGAAGGCCUUAAUUCUAUUUCUAUAGAGCUAAGGUACCUUUGUUGGCAUGGAUGCUCGUUGACAUCUGUCAUUCCAAGCUUCUAAAAGUUCAUGAUCUUACUUCUAGGCAGAAACAAUUUUGAGAGCAUUCCAGCAAGCAUCACAAACCUUUCCAUGUUAUCUUCUCUUGACUUAAGCUAUUGUGCAAAGCUUCGAUCGUUACCAGAACUUCCAUGUCAAUUAUUAAGUAUUGAUGCACACAAUUGCGUGUCACUGGAAGCAUCACUAAGUUUGCCAAUUCUAUUCUCCAGAAAUUCUUCCCAAAACCUAAGAGUGAACUUCAUCAAUUGUUUCAAACUGGUGGAUCAAAAUGCGUUCGAAAAAAUUGUGGAAGAUGCUCUAAAGAAAUUUGAGAUUCUUGCAAGAAAAAAGUUUACUGCUCCAGGUAGGGCUUUUAUCUUUUUCACAGGAAACGAAAUUCCACAACGGUUCCGCUUUAAAAGAACAGGAUCAGCUAUAACUUUCUCGAUGCCACGGUAUUUGACCGCAUUUAAGUCCUUUGGUCUUACUGUCUGCGCCAUUGUAGAGUUUCAAACCUAUCAUGAUAAUGAAGGGCAGGGUAUGUUAGUGGGCUUUGACUGCAUUUUAGCAGGUAAAUAUGGUACGAAAUCAUUCCAAGGCACUUCAGGUGGUUGGGAUUUUUGUAGUGGACGUGACUAUGUUGACACAGAUCAUGUAUUCCUUGGAUAUGAUAGAUCAUUUGACCAGAUUGUACGCUUAGAAGAUAACUUUUAUAUUUAGACAUAAAAACAGUCAGAAAAAAUAUCAACAGAUCUAGUUAAUUAAACUCUGUUCAUCUGUAAGUCAUAUUCCAGCUACAAGUAUAAAUUCUGAAACAAGAGCACAA